UUCCAGUGACGAAGAAAUGGAUGAUGAGAGUGUUGGAGAGGGAGAGUAUAUUGUGGAGGCGAUCCUUGGAGAGCGUUACAAUAAGAAGAAGAAAGUAAAGGAGUAUCUACUGAAAUGGAAGGGAUACAGUGACGCGGAGAACACGUGGGAACCUGAAACUAAUCUGGAUUGCGACGAAUUAAUUGCUGAAUUUUAUGCUCAACAAAAAGAAACUUGGGGAAAGCAACGAAGUGAAUUAUGGCAAAACCUGAUGGGCAUUACAAAUUCUAAAUCAAAAUCACGAAAGCCAUUACCCAAAAUAAACUGUCCUGGAAGUCGCAAUCCCAUGUUUGCAAGCUCUGACUGUUAUAUUGCAUCCCAUGUUUCUCGAACUUCUCGACCUGGCUUCGCUUGUUCAACCAUUUCCUUGAAGCAUGCAGCUUCUGAAGAUUUGUGCGAAACAGAAGACUGCGCUUAUUCAAGUGAAAGUGAAGAUGAUGAAGGAAAUCGACAAUUGCGAAGUCGUGUUAUUCAAGUUCCAUCCAAUUUCUUCUUAUUUCACUUAGCCUUUACUUUAUGGAAAGCACGGUUUAGUAUCUGUAUCGAGGUGUUUCCGAAAAUAUCUCGCAUCCAAUUUCAAAUUUUACUUACAUGAUACUUUCUUUAGUGCGUCCGCCUCCUGGUGAAAGUGGAAUGGAAAAAGGUUGGAUGCCAGAAGUGAUCGUCGCAGCUUGCCAACCGGAAGACGAUGUCCCACUUACCUAUAUUGUUAAAUAUAGGCAUAAGAAAAAGUUUGAAAGGGUACCAAGUUCAAUAUGUAUGAAGUACUGGCCACAGUUGGUAAUUAGCUUCUACGAACGUGAGAUACAAGGGAAGGCAAUAACAAUCGAUGAUAAUAACUACUUGCCACUAUGAAUUUUGAUAUUUUCUUGUGUUGCAAACUCAAG